GUAGGCUGGACAAGGGAACGUGCUUCCAUAGCAACCAGUAAGCGGAGGCUUUCAAUAGCUGGGUGUUGGAGGAAAUUAUGCGGUGCUCUGCAGGUACCUUUUCUGGGAUUACAAUGGAUAUUACAAGAGGAAGUCUAGAUGAAAUUGCAAGGCCAUCUUCUAACUCAAGAAUUAAUCAGAGAAACAAAGUUUUAAGUGCAUCCCUAGAGAUUUUAACACCAGCGCCUGAUAUUUCUAAGGAAUGUUCCUUUGAUCUUUACAAUAUUCCUACAGAAGAUGGUUCAAAAGAAAAUGAUAAUGGAAAUGAAGAGGAAUAUAAAACCAAAAGAAUGAAUAUUUCAGGUGGAGUAUCUGAAGAAAAAACAAUGGGUACUUUCCAGCAAUUGAUGCAGAAUACAGUUCAGGUGACAGGUUCAGCAGAUUCUGAAGAUGACUGUGCAGAAAGUAAGCCUUCCAGCUACAGCAGUAUUCCUCAGGAUAAACAUGUUAAUCUGGAAGACUCUAAAGGGAGUGAUGUAGACUGCCUCAUCCAACAAGCCAUAGAGAAGAUGAAAAGGUUGGACCAGAUAUUGGCAAACAAACAAUCUCAAGAAAAAGCAGUUAAAAAACAAGGGAAAGAGAUGAGAACAAAACUGUGGGAAGAACUUCAGUCUCUGACAUCUCGAAGUUCCUCAGUGACUGCUGAAGAGGCUGAGAACACUAGCAGGUUUUUGGCUUUGGACUGUGAAACAUCUAGGCCUGCUGCUGUUGCUGAAGAUGAAAUGUUUAUUGGAGUAUUUCACACACAGAUUAAUUCAGAAAAUUAUGAAUACAGAGGAAGACUAAUCAAGCAAGGUUGUUUAAAUGCAGAGAGAACGAGAAGCUCAAUGAGGAAAACAGAGAACAUGCAUCAGAAAACUGAAACAAGUUCUAAAAAACCAAAUAAUUUUAUUAAAAAGAACAUUGAGUUGGUCAAGGAGUUUGGGAAUCAAGUGGUUUUGCUGGAGGAAGAAAAGAAGAGGCUAUCAGAAUUACUGAAAGAUACUGAAGAUGACAGCAGUGAACCGCAGGUUUUUGAGGGAGAAGCUACUGGAUGGUUAGUACCAGGUGAAGGAUACACUCCUGAACCAAUGGAAUAUCAUUAUCUCACAGAACUUGAGGCUAAACUCAAAGUAAUAAUCUCAGAUGGAGAUUUUGCUGCUAUUCAAAGCUCCCUUUCUAAAGUCCCCAAACAGAUUUAUCAGGAGUCUCUGGCUUAUGCAAAUAGAGAGUUGGAAACUAUUCCAGGUGAAAAGGUUUUAAGAGACACUAAAGAAGAGCGUAAUCAACAAAAUCGGCUCAAAGAGAUUGAUCAGCAGCUGAAAAACCUGGAGAGGACUGCAGAUGCACCGCCUUCUGUCUCAAAAGAGCAGCUUAAUGCCCUUCUGGAAGAAUAUAUGCAAUCUCAAAUAACUAUAGCCAGACUUGCCCUGCCAGCAUCUCAGGGAUCUUUUUUUGAUGGAAUGAGCCCUGGAUUUGACCAAUUUGAAAACUCUACUCAAGACUUCAAGAAUGACUUAUUAGAUGACACUCAUAGUGUGGGAAUGUUGAGAAAGCAAGAAGUGGUUGAAGCUUUGGAUGAAGAUGUAUGUUCAAAGGAAACACUAGAAACCACUGACUGUAAUGAUAGCAAGACAUUAGCUGAGUCUUACUUGUCUGAGGAACCUAUGGCUGAGAAAAAAGAAAAUGAUGACCAGGAAGUCCAACAGGAGAUGCUGUCAAGCAAUAAUUCUGCUGGGUACUUCAUGCCAAUAGCCCGCAGCACAGACAAGCCAAUAAAGCCCUCUUUUCUUGAUGAACCUUUUUAUUCUACCAGCAUGAACAAUGAGUUAUCCACAGAUGUUAGCAUUCCUGGCAUAAUGUUGAAAACCAGAGGAGGUGAGGUUCUUAAUAAACCUGUGGAAUAAGCUUUUCAUUAUGGUUUUAAAAACUGAAGCAGGUUCUCGCCAAAGGUAUGCACUAAUGUAUUAUGAUUACACUGGAAGGGCAAAAAGUUCUUUCAUAAGGCAUAAAACUAUGCCAGAAAUAACACAAAAUUUCAAAAUGUUUCUGACAUUCUUGAACUGACAUAAAUAGCUGAAAGAUUAGUUCUCAUAGGAAAAACACUAAAAUAAUGAUUUAUUAUGUCCCCAUAAAUUAUCUCUUUAAUAA